AAGGCUCCUUCCAAUGAGUUCUUAUUUUGUCAACUCGACCUUCCCGGUGAGUCUGGCUGCGGGGCAGGAGCCCUUCCUGGGACAGAUCCCGCUAUAUCCCUCGGGCUAUGCGGAUCCUUUGAGGCACUACCCCACCACCUAUGGAGCCACGGGCGUCCAGGAGAAGGGCUAUACCUCCUCUCCUUACUACCAGCAAAGCAACGGAGCCUACAGCCGCAGCUCCGCCUGUGACUAUGGGGCCGGCGGGUUUUUCAGGGAGAAGGACCCUGCCUGCGGCCCCCCCGCCCUCGACGAGGUCCCCUUCGCCCCCGAGCCGCGCAAGUCGGACUGCGCUCAGAGCAAAACUGUGUUCGGAGAGAGCGAGGAGCAAAAGUGUUCCGCCCCGGUUUACCCCUGGAUGCAGCGGAUGAACUCUUGCAAUAGUUCCUCCUUCGGGCCCAGCGGCCGCAGAGGCCGCCAGACCUACACCCGCUACCAGACGCUGGAGCUGGAGAAGGAAUUCCACUUCAACCGCUACCUGACCCGGCGCCGGCGGAUCGAGAUCGCCCACUCCCUCUGCCUGACGGAGCGGCAGAUCAAAAUCUGGUUCCAGAACCGCAGGAUGAAGUGGAAAAAAGAGAAUAAAUUGCUUAACUCCUCGCAGCUGAGCGCGGAGGAGGAGGAGGAGAAAACGGCGGAGUGAACGUAUUAUUUAAAACACACACAACAACAGCAACAACAAAAAAAAAGGGAGUGAGUGAGUGUGUGAGAGCCGAGAGGAUGAGGGGGGAGUGGGCUGGCUGCGAGGACAGGGAGAACUUGCACAUUGGUGGGACAAGCCCUCUGCAGCAGGGGCAACAGCCAGAAAGUUUGGGCCACCAAUGCCAUGGACUCGUGUUCGCAGUGAUCUGUCGUGACCAGGAAAAAAAAAAAUAAUCAGGCUUCUAGUUGCGUUUUUUAAUUAUUUUUCCUCCUUCCCAGUCCUCCCUCCCCUCCUCCCCCCAGAGAGAAAAUAAUAAUAAUGAAAAAGGAAUGAGAUAGAGAGAGAGAGAGAAGGGAGGAAAGAAAGGGAUAGAGAAAAGACACACACACAAAAAAAAAAAGGACUCCUACCCGUGUUUCUACCCUUGGUGUCACUGUUAGUAAUCUGCUAACUCUUGUAUUUAAUGGAAGUGCUGCAAUAUAUGUCAUUUGGGGUGUUUAUUGUCUUAAUUUUGUAAAAAUGUUUCAUGCACGGUUGACAUAGGGUUUAUUUUUUUUUUCAUUUUUACUUUUUUUUUUUCCCCCUCCUUUGGUAAAUUAAUCAAGCCCUGAGGUCUUUGUAAUUAGGGUUUGUGGUUUUGUUUUGUUUUAU